UCGAAGCUGAGGCGGGGGCGCCAAGAAGAUGGCGGCACGGCGGCGACGGCAGCCUCCCUCGGUUUAUAAGACGCUGUCGCAGGGUAACUUUUGUGAUGGAGCUAAGAAUUCAACUGAGGAUCUCUCUUGUACGACUUCUAUGGAGUGGGACACGCAGGUGGUGAAUGGGUCCUCGCCGCUUGGCCCCACAGGCCUGGGGGCAGAGGAUCCGUCGUGCAGACUGCGGCUGCCGUGGUGGCUGCAGCCCGAGCGGUGCGCCAUGUUCCAGUGCGCACAAUGCUACGCAGUACUCGCUGACUCUGUGCACCUUGCCUGGGACCUGUCGGCGUCCCUUGGGACCCUGGUCUUCUCCAGAGUCACAAACAACGUGGUUUUGGAAGCGCCCUUCCUAGUUGGCAUUGAAGGUUCGCUCAAAGGCAGUACUUAUAACCUUUUAUUCUGUACUUCCUGUGGGAUUCCCAUUGGUUUCCAUUUGUAUUCUACCUUUGCUGCCCUGGCUGCCUUGAGAGGUCACUUCUGCCUUUCCAGUGACAAAAUGGUAUGCUAUCUCUUAAAAACAAAAGCCGUAGUAAAUGCAUCUGAAAUGGAUAUUCACAACUUAUCUCUACCAGAAAAGAUUGCAGAGCUGAAAGAGAAGAUAAUAUUAACUCAUACUCACUUAAAUUCACUGAUGAAGAUUUUGAAGGAAGUAACUCCUGACCAGCCUAAGCCAGAAAACUGAUCCAGAAUCAGAGUUUUAAGUAUCACGGUCAAAAAAAAAAGUAUCAGGUCAGCCCUUGUUGCUAUCUUCAACAACAGGUGCUGUUUGAUCAAUUCCCAAGAAAGAUUGACUUCAAAAA